AGGGUGGCUGCAAGGCUAAACGCUUUGAUGAUCCCCGUGCCACGACUGGAUGAAGUCAGUACGCUUGGACGAAAGCACAUACUUCUAGCUGGACCAACACAGAGGAUCCGAAGCAAGACGGCGAUAUACUCGCGCGGUUACACAUGGUCUCUGUUCUUGCUCCAAUGCGCCUGGUAUUCUACAUAUAUUCCUGGUGGCGAUCAACAGCUCAAGCACGGCAGAACUUCGAAUUGGUUAUUUCGUCACAAUUGCGUGGCUACCCCUUACUCGACAACUCCGCAGUCACUCAGUGCCGCCUUGACCUCCCAGGUAGGUCGAGGGGGCAAGGGAUCUCCAGUCCCUAGUAUGCGUACUCUCGAGACUGCCCUUCAGCUGCAACGAAGCAUCUUUUUCUGUUUGCAGGCUUUUGCUGGGGUGCUCUUCAUUAUCAGCAUCCUUCUUUUUAUUACUCGCGUCUGUAUACAGAUCAGCAAGAGGAGAGCACAGAGUUGGCGCUUGAUUGAGCAGGGCUGGUCAGAGAAGGUCCUUGUGGCAUCGGUCGCCAUUUCUGUCAUCAAUGCAGCAUCCACCACGCAGACGGGAAAUGCACUGCAGUUCGCCACGAAGAGGUUAGGCGCCAUUUCGCUUCACAUCAAGGUCGGAGAUACACUACAGGUGCUUGAGUGGCUUGCAUUUGCAUUCUCCAUAACAUUUUAUGUGGUUAUAGUGAAACGAGUUGCUAGAGGGAGAAGUGAAGGGCUGCCUGGUGGCGAAAAACUCACGAGCUUUCCCAUGCCGCCUCCGCCGCCGCCCCGAGGACUACAGCCUCCUCCUCCUCCAUCACCACCACCUCCGCCUCCUCGAUAA